GUCCUAGUCCUCGCAUCGCCUCUCCUCUUCCCAUCUCUCCCAUUCUCCUCAACUCAAAAGCAAAACAGAUGGUGGGAAAGCAGCACAUCUGUUCGGGCGCUCUGCAACAAUAGAUCGCAUCGAGCUGGAGUCGAGCCUGGUCAUGUCAGCUUCCGAGAGCUGCUAAGGAUUCGGUGUGUUUUCGCCUUUCACAAAGGCUGCCGAGGGAGGACCGCGCGUCUGUCUGUGUUCUCCAACGAGCGGAGAAGAUGGCGGCCAUUAAGAUUUUAACCAGCGCGGGGCUUUUCUUGGCGUUUUGCGCACUGGUCUUGUUGACUAUGGCCAUCUGCACCGAUUACUGGUACGAGACGGACGCUCGGCGGCAUCGCGAGCGCUGUAAGAACUAUGCAAACAAGCGUAACGAUCCCGGAUACAUUUACAUCUCAAAUCACAACUUGCCUCUCCAGAUGCCUCCAAAGGGCUAUGAGAGGAAAGCGACGGAGACACGCCUGAAGCGGCACGCUCCAGCUUCGGCGACGGCCAUGGAGUCUCACUGUGGCCGCCAGUUCAAUUCCACGAUCUCCGGUCUGUGGAGAAAGUGCCAUCGCGAGGGCUUUGACCUGGAGACCGAGGAUCUCAUUUACAAAGGGUUGAUUCAGAGAUGCACCUCUGUGAAGUAUCAUUACACCUCUUCAAUCCUGCCUCGAAACCUUCCUGUCAACAUCACCAAGACCAUCCGGCAAGAUGAGUGGCAUGCCCUGCACCUCCGGAGGAUGACAGCAGGUUUUGUGGCCAUGGCUGUCUCUAUCAUCCUUUUUGGCUGGGUCAUCGGAGUUCUUGGAUGCUGUCAACAACAUGAUCUCAUGCAGUAUGUAGCUGGACUACUCUUCCUCAUGGGCGGAACCUGCUGUAUUAUCUCCCUUUGUACGUGUGUGGCGGGCAUUAACUUUGAGUUGUCGCGUUAUCCACGUUACCUGUACGGCCUUCCAGAGGACAUCAGUCAUGGGUAUGGCUGGUCCAUGUUCUGUGCCUGGGGCGGACUGGGUCUCACCCUGCUGGCCGGUUUCUUAUGCACGCUGGCCCCUUCUUUAAGCAGCCCCUUGGCCCGCACCACAGUCCACAAGUCCAGACACGAAAAUGGAACUGUCUGAUCAGAGACUUCUGGAGCAACAUUGCAGCAACGUUUUCACAACAUGUAUACAGCGUCUACAUAAGGACAAAGCAUCUGGCCUCUUCAUCAUCAUGCAGUAUCCUGACUGGAUCAUUCCUCUUUCCAUGUUCAUAUGACUCCAGUGGCUUUUGGGCUCUUGUUGAUCACCGUUGUCAACACGACUCGUGUACACCGUCCAUUUGUUUAAAAGGUUAAAGUCUGUAAAUGACCUGAACACUGCUGAUAGACUCAAAUGGAGACACAAGCACAGACCACCAAGCAUCUUCCACCGUCUCACAUGUCUCAUUCUGGUCCUUUGUGGCACAAAAAAACCCAAUGAAAAUUUUCGGAGAGGCGGCUGUCUUCUCUCCAAGACGAUUCAUAAUAAAAUGGUGCUCUCUUUUCAAAAUCACACAACUGCACAGAAAUCUUUUCAAAGACAUCAAGAGGACAAAUAAAUAAAUCCACGUUUUUUCUUAUAGCUGACUGACGGUGUGGAGGAUUGUGAGCCCAGAGUGAAGAGGGGAGCAACGAAAAGGAGAGAUAAAAGUAUUUCUGUCAUUCAAGCUUUGAGAAGCACACUUCCCAUGGCCUCAGAGAGUCUGUAUGCGUAAAAAUGGGUUUGUCUAGAUUUCAGGUCUACAUUUGUAUGAAAUUAUGCUUGGGAUACAAAUGGAGCCUUUUCACUCUUUGUUAUGAUUGUAAAGAGCGGUGACAUGGCUUGGUCUGUGGUAGCUGGUUUGAGGAAUCUGACCAAAUGUAUUACUAAAUGGCAUGUGAAUUACCAACUUAAUGAAAAUGUUUGUGGGGUUUUUUCUGAACAUCAUUUCUCAUGAAGCCUUAUUGCUGUUAUGAGUACAACAUGAUUAGAAUCAGAGUUAUAUCCAACCACAACUGAAUGUUGCUGAAUAGUCAAGAUAAAAUUAAAGCUCUGGCUGCACAUGCAAGUUGAAGAUUUUGAAGAAAACUCAGUGUUGUUUUGCCACAAAAAGUGAUGUGAGGUCUAAAUACAGAACGCAUAAUGUACAGAAUUGAAAUCAAGAGAUGGAUUGCAGGUAGAGUGUUGAAUAUGGUACAGUACAUGACGCGCAACAAGUUAUAAUGUUUACAUCAUGUAAUGUUUGUUCUUAGAUGACUCCAACCAAACAAUAUUUUAAAAACCCCAAAAGGCCUGGAGGCUUUAAUCUAGUAAUAAUCUUGUAAUGUUUUUUUAAGUGAGUGUUUCCACAUUAUUAUGAAUAAUUCAUAUUUAUUUUUCUCUCACCAAUGGGUAUUAUUUAUUGAGGAUGCUACUGUGAAAAGCACAGUUACUAUAAAUCCUUUACCAAUGCCUCACGUCUUUGCCAAAUGUACAUUCAUAGUCUCACAGACGUCCACAGAAUCCAGAUCAAUUCUUGAGCACAAUAUACUGGUGAUGAUAUUCACAGUGGGGGAUGGGGAAACGCAAUAGUUAAUGUAAGACUUUAAGGAUGGCAAAUACUGUGGAUGUAUUCUGAGUGCAUAUUUUGGGAAAUAGGAAUGUGUUUGUAAAUUGUCUUUGUUUGAGGGAAACUGGGGUGUCCAGUAAUUUUUAGGGUAAAGCUUUCAGCUGAUUGGCACAAACAUUUAUGUCUCAGACAUAAAAUGAACCAAGCCAAAAGAACAAAUCCCUUUAGGUAGAUGGGAAAGUGUUGUAUUGAGUGUGAACUUUCGGAUGAAACUGACUGAAAAUAUUGUGGCAAAGAAGUAAUAAACACCACUUA